AUGGGGCGAGCUACUAUCAAGUCAGGUACAAUCAAUCUACUAAACACGAUCAUUGGUGCAGGUAUACUUGCCAUGCCAUAUGGGUUAAGCACAAAUGGACUUUUAUUUGGAUGUAUACUAAUCAUAUGUUCUUCACUUACAUCCUCAUUUGGUCUAUAUUUACAAAAUAAAGUAGCUAAAUAUACAGGUCAAAGAGGAUCAGUCUCAUAUUUCAGUUUAGCUCAGUUGACUUAUCCACAAUUUUCAAUUGUUUUUGAUUCAGCCAUUUCGAUUAAAUGUUUUGGUGUUGGUAUAUCUUACCUUGUCGUGAUUGGUGAUUUAAUGCCCAAGAUUGUUGAAACGUUGACAGGAGAUUCUGCUGCUGUGAAGCAUCCAGUUUUGAUGCAUCGGAAUUUUUGGAUCAGUUUGUUUAUGGCAAUUAUAGUUGCUCCAUUGUCGUAUUUGAAAAAAUUGAAUAGUUUGAAAUACACUAGUUUUGUUGCCUUAUUUUCGGUGGGGUAUUUGAUUUGUUUAGUGAUUGAAAAGUAUAUUACCUUACUGAUUCACAAGCAAGGAAGUGGUAGUAGUGAUACUGAUGGAGCACUGUUAUUUUCAAGGCUGAUUUUGCCUGUGCCCGCAGGGAGCAAGAAUGUUGAUUGGAUAGGACCCAAGAGCUGGAGCCUGACUUUAAGUUCAUUCCCCAUGUUCGUGUUUGCCUAUACAUGCCAUCAAAAUAUGUUUGCCAUUAUUAAUGAAUUGAAACCUGAUGCUAAAGAUGGGUCACAAACACGUCAAUCGAAUUUGAUUAUUCGUAAUGCAAUCGCAACUGCAUUAAUCAGUUACUUAGUGGUGGGGAUUCUAGGAUAUUUAACGUUUGGUAACGACGUCAAUGCCAAUAUUAUAUCUAUGUACCCUCGUGAGUCAAUUAGUUCAUUAAUUGGACGAUUAUGUAUCGUCAUUAUGGUUAGUUUGUCUUUCCCUUUACAAUGCCAUCCAUGUCGUGGAUCCAUCAACCAUGUGAUACAUUUCAUAACACAUGGUGUUGAUACAUCCAAAGUGAAAAAGAAAACAAGCAACAGCAGCAACCACAACAACAUCAAUCGAAGCAACAGCACUUCCAACGGCAGUAUCAGUGGUAGCACAAUAAAUGGCAAUAGGACUGACAGUGGAGCAUACACAGCACUAACUUCCGAUAUUGAAAGUCUUUCAUCAAUAAAUGAUAGCAGUAUAGUUGAUGAAUCGUUUAUAUCCACCACUCCAAUGGAAGGUGCUCACGAUACACAAGGUCAUGAUCCAAUAGUGGUUCCAUUAACAUCCAAAAAAUUUUAUAUAAUAACAUCCAUCAUUGUUAUCGGAAGUUAUCUAGUUGCAAUAUCAGUUACUUCAUUAGCUAAAGUAUUGGCAUUUGUUGGAAGUACAGGAUCAACGUCAAUAUCAUUUAUUUUACCGGGACUAUUUGGAUAUUUGUUGAUAAAGCCAAUAGAACAAGGACAAGUGGAACUAACCAAGUUGGAAAAAUUUUGCAAAUAUGGUGGGUUGGUGUUGGCUAUAUGGGGCGUUGGUGUAAUGAUUGUAUGUUUGGGAGCCACAAUCUUUCUUGGUGCAACACAUUGA